AGCUGUUCGACCAAUGAGAUGUCAGGAAAUAGCGUCUUUGAAACCAGGGUUUAUAAACUUGCAGUUGUUUUCGACAAAAUCCCAUUCUUUCCAGGUUUAUCGCAAGGAAGGUCUUCACCAUGAGGCUGUGUCUGGUCGUGCUGGCUGUGUGCCUCAGCGCAGUGUUUGCUGCUCCCAGUUUGGACAGAGAGCUAGACAGCCACUGGCAACAGUGGAAAGACUGGCACAGUAAAAACUAUCAUGAGAAGGAAGAAGGAUGGAGGCGAAUGGUUUGGGAGAAGAAUCUGAAAAAGGUUGAGCUGCACAACCUGGAGCACUCAAUGGGCAAGCACACCUACCGCAUGGCAAUGAAUCACUUCGGUGACAUGACUCAUGAGGAAUUCAGGCAGGUCAUGAAUGGCUACAAGUACAAGAAGGACAGAAAGACCAAGGGAUCUCUCUUCAUGGAGCCCAACUAUCUUGUGGCCCCAAGCAUGCUGGACUGGAGAGAGAAAGGAUAUGUUACUCCAGUCAAGGACCAGGGUCAGUGUGGUUCUUGCUGGGCCUUUAGCACUACUGGAGCAAUGGAGGGUCAGAUGUUCAGAAAGAAUGGCAAAUUGGUGUCACUCAGCGAGCAGAACCUGGUCGACUGCUCUCGGCCUGAAGGCAAUGAGGGCUGUAAUGGUGGACUCAUGGAUCAGGCUUUCCAGUACAUCAAGGACAAUGGUGGCCUGGACACUGAGGAGUUCUACCCCUACCUCGGAACUGAUGACCAGCCCUGCCGCUAUGAUCCUAAAUAUAGUGGAGCUAAUGACACUGGCUUUGUGGACAUCCCCAGUGGUAAAGAGCAUGCUCUGAUGAAGGCUGUAGCUGCUAUUGGUCCCGUGUCUGUGGCCAUUGAUGCAGGACAUGAGUCCUUCCAGUUUUACCAUUCGGGUAUUUAUUACGAGCCAGACUGCAGUAGUGAGGAAUUGGACCAUGGUGUUUUGCUGGUUGGCUAUGGCUUUGAAGGUGAAGAUGUAGAUGGAAAGAAGUAUUGGAUUGUCAAGAACAGCUGGAGUGAGAAGUGGGGUGACAAAGGGUAUGUCUACAUGGCCAAGGACAGACAUAACCACUGUGGUAUUGCUACAGCAGCCAGCUACCCACUAGUCUAAAAACAUCAUUCAGCAAGGCUUUCAGAAGGUCUUGUCUCAAUUUGUUCACUACCAUGAUGUGUCUUUUACUGGUGCUGUGACUCACAGCAACCAUGCAAUGAAAAGCUAGCUAAUUGUGAUGAAAGGGAAAGUAAUCAGCCCAAAUUAGGUUAGUGUGAGAAUGAAGGCCCAUAAAGAGUGAAUAGGCACCUGGUUUUAAAUGAAACACUGUUUUUAGACUUUUAUGCAAUUAUUUUAAGUAGGGUUUUUUUCCUGUAAAUAUUUGUUGCUUGCCAAAAUAUAAAUGCUUUUUCAUAGUUUCAUGAUCACUAAAAACCAAACCUGUGAAGGUGCAACAUGUGCAAUAGUAUCCAGUUUUUAUGUAUGUUGUGUGAUCUUUGCACGAUUCAGUUACAAUUUGUCAUUGUUUCAUUAUUUUUUUUGUCAAGCAAUUAAACCUCAUACAGAUACAAA